ACCUGUGUAUGCAUGCAGUGCAGUCGCUUGAAGAAACCUAGACUUUGAUUUCGUGUACGCUUAUGAGAAGAAUUGGGACACAUGACGAUUAAUAGUGUGAAGAUCACCAUCAACAAGCUACAGAAGGACGCUCCUAACAAAGUAAGUAAGGGAGGGAGGGACGACAAACCCAUCUCUUGCUUUCUUUUCCAAGGCUCACACAUAGUUUGUGAUUUUCGGGAAAAAAGUUUACCAGCUUCCAUGUUGUAUGGAGACGAGGCGGAAGAGGAGGAAGAAUAAUCAAAGAUGAGCUCCUUGCGAGCGUCGAGUGCAAUCAACGUCAAGGUCGACAUAUCCACCGCCAAGAAGAUAUGUCAAUGUUUUGUGGAAACAAGAGUCAACAACAAAGACAUCAAGGCUCUGGUCAACGUGGGAGCCAACGACAACUUUCUCGACUUUAAGGAGGCAGCCAGACUCGGAAUCAAGUUCGAAAAGAAGAGAGGAUGGUUGAAGAACGUUAAAUAUAACCCAUACCAAUCUACUGUGUUGCACACAAUGUCCCAAUGACACUCGGUGGUUGUCAAGGAGAAGCAAAGUUCCAUGUUGUCACAAUGGGAGAUCACCCCAUAGUCCUUGGAAUCGACUUCAUGAACAACGUCCGAGAUGUCCCAUUCUUCUUUGCCAAAACCAUUUCCAUCAUCGACGGAGGGAAAGCUUGUGCAAUACCAAAUGGUGAGAGAAGAAUCCCCUACCCCAUAAAAUUUUUCUGCCAUGCAGGUAUCAAGAGGUGUGAAGAGAAGGGAGCCCACAUUCUUAGCCAUGAUGAAGAUGGAGAUGGAAGAACACUCGUUGGCGCCUAAAAAUGGAGAAAAUCCACAAAUAAGGAGCAUAUAAGAGUUUGAAGACGUGAUGACCUUAGAGCUUCCCAAAAACUUUCAUCAAGGAGGGAAGUUGACCAUAAAUUAAGUUGGAGAUCGGGGCUCCCUUUCGCAUGUAACUUCCAAAAUUGGAGGAGCUAAGGAAGAAACUGAAGGAAUUAUUGGAUGUGGGAUACAUCCAAUCUUCAAAGUCUCCCUUUGGAGCAACCGUGUUGUUAUGAAAGAUGAAACAUGGGUCAAUGCGGAUGUGCAUCGACUAACAAGCACUCAACCACAUCAUCGCAAGGAAUAAGUGGCUAGCCCCCAACAUAGCAUCUUAUCAACUUGGAGUUUCAUGAUGGUUCACCAACUUCGAUCUCCGAUUGGGAUACAAUCACGAGAGGAUAGCAGAAUGAGACAAGCCAAAAACAACAUGUGUGAUGAGGUAUGAUUCAUAUGCGUUUCUAAUUAUACCAUUUCGAAUGAUCAACACUCUUGUCGCCUUUUGAAAUCUCAUGAAUCAAGUGUUUAAGCUCGUCUUGGAUUAAUUUUUUAUGGUGUACUUGGACGAAAUCAUGGUGUAUAACAACACCCUCGACGACCACAUCAAGCACAUGUGGCAAGUCUUGGAAGUGCUACGAGAAAAUCAAUUGUUCAUGAAGAAAGAGAGUGUGACUUUGUCGUUACCGAAGUGUCAUUCAUUGGCACAUCAAUGGAGGAGGAAAGUUUGAAGAUGGAUGGGUCAAAGGUGAAAGAAAUCAAGGAGUGAGAGCCACCAAACGACUCUCCUUCCUCAGAUUGGUGAACUACUAUUGGUGUUUGAUCAAAGACUUCUCCAACAUUGCAACACCCAUGACAGAGUCCUCAACAAGAACAAGUUAAGAGACUGGAUGUCACAAUUCCCAUAAGUGUUCAAGGCAUUGAAGAAAGUGGUGAUGGAAGAACCAAUCUUGGUGUUUCCCGACCCAACCAAAGCGUAUGAGGUAGAAUAUGAUAAUUUAGAUUUUUCCCUUGGUGGGAUCUUAAUGCAAAUUGGGCAUCCCAUUUCCUAUGAGAGUUGCAAAUUGGGCAUCCCAUUUCAAAUGGAGAUGGAUUAUGACAUCAGAAGCUCAAGUUAUGGACAAAAGAAUGUAUUUUGAAGAGCAAACGGGUCAAACGAAGUCCAAGCGAGUUGAAGUUUUAGGAGCAGCCCAAUGACCCCCAAGAUGAAGUUGCCAUAAAAAACCAGCCAAUUUAGAGAAGAAAACCCUAUGGCAGUGCCUCCUUCAUCCCGCCACGGUUCGGGUCCAAGCCAUACAGAAACUUCCUCUUCAAGAUUAAUUCAUGCCCAAGUCAAAAGAAUCUGAGUUCAAAGUCAUACAAGGAAGGUUUUGGCCGAAUUUAGGAGAAAAUGACUAAAAAUCCCCUUAUGUAACAUGUAUAAAUAUGAGGCUAUGCUGGAGCUUUACACAUACCUCGAGUUAGAGAUCCAUAGUGAGUAGGCGAAGCCCUACUUGAGCUCGACGAGUUUUCAUCAUCGAUGUGUGUAUUAUUGGUGAUGUCUUCCUAUUUCUCCUAUGCAUAGCUGAUGUGUUGGAUCGAGCUUUAAAUUUAUAAGUCAAAUCACACUUAGUAGUCAAUCCUAACAAAGCCAAGUAUAACUAAACUAGGGAUGUCGUAAAGUGGCUCGUUCGUAUUCCGAGGGAACUUUAAACUUAUUAUUACUUCGCUCUGAACUACUAUCUAAUCAAAUCAGAAGAUUGGGUGAAGUAUCUAAUCGAACCUAACUAAAAAUAAAGCAAGCAACCAUGUACCGAAUAUCACAAUAAAGCGAUGGAUCGAUGACACUUGCAUCAACUGACUCGUCCUGAAUAUCACAAUAAAAAACUCAAUUAAAGCCCAAGUAUAAACCUUAACCAGGUGC